CACCGCGAGACCGGGAGAGACCGCGAGAGACCGCGAGAUGGCGGCCAUGGAGCCCGAGUACUGCCGGACCGAGAUCAAGGAGGAGGACCAGGACCCGGACCCGGAGGACCAGGACCAAGAGUACCCGAACCAAGACCAGGAACCGGAGAACCUAGAGGAACCGGAGGAGCAGCAGCAGAGCGCCCAGCCCGGCAGCUCCGGUUCUCAGGAACGUGGAGGCCAGCAGAGAACCAGACGUCACUGCUGUCAGUUCUGUGAUAAAGCCUUCAUCAGACCAACAGAUCUGAGGAAACAUGAGAGGAUUCACACCGGAGAGAGAGCGUUCAGCUGCGACGUCUGUGGGAAAGCUUUUACUGCGUGGCGCUAUCUGAGGAACCAUGGGCGUGUUCACAGUGGAGAGAGACCACACGGCUGCCACGUCUGCAGAGCUGCAUUCACGUCAUCAACUCAUCUGAAGAACCACCGCCGGAUCCACACCGGGGACAAACCGGGGACAAACCGUACAACUGUGAUCACUGCAGUAAAACAUUUACUGAAGCGAAUCACCUGA